ACAGACGCUGAUAAGGAUGAAAAUGGCAAAGUUGAGUACUUUAUUGACGACGACAGUAAAUGUUUCAGGAAAAUGAAUGUUUGUGUGGAUGGAAUGUCUGGUAAUAUAUCUACAACAGGAAUUGAUCGGGAACAGAUUCCUGAUACAGGCUAUAUUUCUUUUUUUGUUAUUGCAAAAGACAAAGGAACACCUGCUCUAACGAACCAAACAUUCGUGACGAUUAACGUUGAAGAUAUAAAUGAUAAUCGUCCGAUAUUACCAGAAACAAAAUUCAAUAUAACAGUCCUUGAAGACACACCAUUAGAAUAUCUCACACAUAUCUACAAAGUACAGGCGACAGACCUAGACAAGAGCAACCAGAAUAAAAUUAUACGUUAUCGACUACAAGAUGAUGUAAAUGAGCCUAUGAGUUUAGACAACACAACUGGUGUUCUGAGCAUGCUAAAGCUGCCUCAUAUCGACCAGCAAUGUACAAAUCAGACUUUUAGUUUUAAUGUUACAGCUGAAAAUAUCGUGCCGUACAUUCCAAAUGCCAGUCAUCCAUAUAUGACAAUAACAAUAAAUAUAGAGGACAUCAACAAUCAAAGGCCGAUAUUUAAGUUGAGACAUCUAGACAUUAGUUUCCCUUCGAAAAGUUGGAUUCCAGUUACGCAACCGAGCUCUAUACAUGAUUAUGACUGCAACAAUAAAUACAGGAACAUCACGUUUCAUUUAACAGACGGCAGUGACCGUCGGCUUCAAAUAAACUCGACGAAUGGAAAAGUAAAAUAUAAGGAAAACUCAACUGAUCCUUAUCGUUACCCAGAAUGUUCCAGAUCUAUCAGUGUUGAGAUGUAUGCUACAGACGGAUGGUUCCAAAUAUUUCAAAACGCAACUUUAUCACCAUCUCCGAACUAUUACGCCCCAAUUCCAGUCAAAAAUAACUAUACAAUCAUGGUAAAAGAAAAUUCUACAUAUAACACAAAUUAUGUGAUUGGCUUCUUAGACUGUUCAGACAUUUCCUUAAAUAUCACUAUAAAUGAUUCA